AUGUCGACAGAGUUGACGGAGGAGGAUUCCUUGUCUGGCAAGGAUUACCAAGACCCCCCGCAUGUGAUGAUAUUCGAAGGGAGGGAGCUAGGUAAGUUGUCCUUCUAUAGAGCAUCAUCGGCUUCAAGAGCUAGACAGAUCUCCGAACCGGCGGUGAGGAAUGUGCCAGCGUCGGCCUCCUUGGCAUCUCUUGGGCCUUCGGUGGCAUGA